AUUUGGAGGCGGAGAUGUCAAGGGUUGUGACAGUGACCCGUGUUAGCAACGGUAACACUCUGGUCGACGUUUCAGCGAUAAGGUGUUCGCUCUCUUCCGUAGUGGGCGACAGCGCUUUGCUUCUGCUCCUCUGCACUCGUCGUUCUGGUUAGUUCGUACCUUAUUCGACCCGCAUACUGCUCACGCCGCUCAGACAUGAGACUUUAAGACUAUUUCUUUCCAAAUCGUCUGACUGGCCCCCUCCUCCCGACACUCUUUUACACCGCAUUCUUUCUCCACUAUGGUCCACCACCACGCGCGUAUCAUCCACAACAAACGGCAGGAUGUCCCGGCAGCACCCACUGCUCUCGGCCUGACCGCUGCAUCCGUGGCAGUCAAUACAGCUGCAAUCACACAAGAGUCGCUCGCCAUCGACACCAACGCUGUCACUAAUGCUGGUCAAGCGACCGCCGUCGUUGCAUUCUCUGCUGCAGCUACUGCCACGACCUCUGUACCAGUUGCACCAACCGUAGCCGCGGAUCCAGCAAAUGCCACCGCCCAGCCGAGCGCCGCGGCAGGCGCUUCGAAAUCCGACAUCUCCAUUGGCACCGUCAUCGGUGCCUGUGUCGGUGCUCUUCUAGGAGCAAUUAUCAUUGUGUUGCUUGGUCUCUGGCUCUUCCGUCGCGGGAGCCAGGUGCCGGCACGACGCCCCUCGAAUGCGCACAAAGGCGACAAGGAGCGUGCCUGGGCUAAGAUGGAGGACAGCCACGACGACGACAAGUGGGAAGGCAAAGACGAGGGUGUGCAGAGCAAAUACCAGAAGAACGGCGUCGUCAGUGUGCCGCCUAUGGAGAAACUCACCAUGUUCAAGAAGGGCACCCCGAGCAUGUGGACGAAUUACACCACAUUUCCCGAGCCUCCCGCGGCUCAGUUCGACCAUCCGUUUGCUGCGUACCACCCCAAUCUCGCCAAGGACAUGGCUCAAGCGGAUUCGCAACUGCCGGCUUCACCCCAACCUUUCCUCCCACGGGUGGAAGUUCCUUCUAUUUCCUGGGAUGGCGACACGGUCGCCCAUGACUCCUUCCUGUCUCUCAAAUCCAACUCGACUCCUCCCAUGUCUGCCAGCGCUGAUUUUGCUAUCCCGACGCCUCAAUUGACGUCUUCGGAACCGCAUCUUUGGCAUUCUGUGGAGAUCGAGGAUUUCGAUACCCGGGAUCCAGCGCGGGCGUCCUCGAUUGCGGAACCGAUACUCCGUCGGAAGAGCCUCAACAACCCGUUCUUCGGCGCAAGCGAGCGGGUGUCGAUGCAGUCAGCACGGUCUCGCACGCCGUCCCUUUCCCGAGCGAACCACAGCGUCCCCGAUCCAGUGCCCGUGGCGAUGCCGGCUAUCCCGGCAUCAGCCUGGACGCGAGAGGAGAAGGGCAAAUAUCGCGUCUCCACGCCACCAAGCCCGACCAGCAGUGUCGGGACCAUCCGUGCUUUGCCGCAUCGCGAGUCGGAGAAUCCCUUCAGUGAUCCGAGUGACGAGUUUGUCGCUCCGAUGAUUCGACUGCCGUUUGCCAAGCCCGAGCACCACUCGCAAGCGUCGCAGGACCAUGCGCUGGCGUCGCUGAUCGCUGCAUUGGGGCCGUCCGCGAGCGCUGACGAUGUGCAGGAGCGUUUGCGGGUCAGCAUGCAGCCUUCGAUCGCCAGUGUGUCGAGCUACACCGACGGCGACAACGAGACCUUGCAUCAGUCCUGGCCCGUUCCACCCAACCAACAUUGAGCUAGCCUCUGCCAUCUGCCUUUCUUCCGACAUCUUGCCCGUCCCUCUUGUUAACUGCCGCUGAUGCUCUAUUACCCUACAACCAAGCUCGCGGUCUUUCUUCGCUUCCCGUGCUCUCUAGGCAUGUGUUAUUCGCCUUGCCUCGAGCCCACACAGUCGGAGCCCCGGGCACCUUCCGACCUUUUUACUUUGACAUCUAUCUCAACCUCUCGUGAUGACGUUGAACGUUGAACUCGAAUCGUACCCGCUAUCUUGUUUUCGCCUACGUAGCAGAACUUGUACACUAGCAAGUAGUAGAUAAUCUUUGCAGCACAUGGUUUGCAGAACCCUUCCACCAUCAGUCGUUCGCUCCUCCAUCACGCCUGUGACCAGGCUUCCUCAGUCCGAUGAGCAUGCCCGGCCCGGAUGUCGUCGAAUGGGAGAAUCGCUACGUUGCGGACGACUACCCGCACUCCUCGUCCCUAUGCGUACUCUGUUGGCUGCGUUUGCCCUCUUCUUCUGCGGAGCCUUGGCUGGCGCUCCGAAAAACCUGACCAUCCAUGGACCUGCUUCGCUUCCUGCCAAUGCGUCCGGAAUCUUGCACCCCGCUUUGGCCAGCUUCAGCAUCGAGACGGCCUUCUUCAUCGAGUACCUGGGCAACACGUCCGCGCCCAACACGCUCACGAUCAACCUGCUCGAGAACCUCAAGGCGCGGACGGGCGUGCCGGCGCAGAUCCGCAUCGGCGGGAUCACGGCGGACUCGACGUACUGGGACGCGUCGCUGGAGCCGGCGAUCUUCAAUUUCGUUGGCAGCACCGGGACGCUGUUCAACACGACGAUCGGGCCUCGGUUCUGGGACGCCGCGCGGACGUUGCUUCCUGAGGGCACCCAGAUCAUCGUGAAUCUCGAUCUGCACGACUUUGCGUACUCUGGAGCGCUUGCGGUCGCGGAGUCUGCGGUGACGGGCCUCAGUCCCGGGCAGCUACUCUCAUUCGAGAUUGGCAAUGAACCAGACCACUACAGCCCUCUGCUCUCUGCGGCGGCCUACACGGCCGUCUGGGAGCCAUGGUCCAAGAACAUUUCGCAAGUCUUGGGAUUUUCUACCCCCAUGUUCCAGGUGGGUGCCACUGCCGAAGAUCCACUCUGGCCGUACGGGAGUGCGACGGCGAAUGCCCAGCUUGAUUGUGUGAGUGCCUUGAAGGCGGGCUCCGACGCGGCUGGGACGGUGCAAUCUUGCAGCGAGCACACUUACCAAUACAGUGUCUGCGACCCUGUCCGAACGGCAGUAGCGACUUUGCCCAACUUGGUUAAUCAUACCCGGCUCGCAAUGUAUCUUGACUUGUGGCAGCCGCGCAUCGAAUCAGUCCGGGCCCAGCUUGGACCAGAUGCCUUCACCAUCGGGGAGUACAACUCGGUCUCGUGCUCCGGAAAGGACGGCGUUUCCAACACGUUUGGUCAAGCAUUGUGGCUGCUCGAUACGACGUUGUACGCUGCGUCGAUCAACGUGUCCCGGUUGUACAUCCAUCAAGGCGGCCCUCUGGCGCUGCAGUCGGCAACUCAGCUCAAUCAUGGCGGCCUGUCGCGCUACAAUCUAUGGUAUCCGGAAGACGCUGCGAAUGGGGAGAAACAGGUCUUCCCGUCUUACUCUGCCUACCUGUUUGUGGCCGAGGCACUCGGGACGUCUAAGACGCUGAGGGUCUCCAACAUCUAUCCCGGGCGUCAGUCAAACGGAUCCACGAUCACUCCUGCGGAAGGCGAUGUCAGCGCCGGACAAAGCGUCGUAUAUGGCUUCUGGGAAGAAUCGAGCCAUGCGUUCCCCACGAAACUGGCACUGCUCAAUCUCCAGGCGUUCAACCAGUCGGAGACAGGGUCUCGCCCGACCACCGUAUUCGAUAUUUCGGCGUACCUGCCACCGAAAACAAAGACGGUCUCGGUCAAGAGGCUCCAGGCCCCGGGUGCGGACAUCAAAUUUGGAAAUUUGACGACAUGGGCUGGGCAGACUUUCGCUCUCGAUUCAGAUGGGCUUGCCCAGGGCAAAUUGAGAGUGGACACUAUCCGCGGCGGGAAGAUUGAGGUUGAGGCAUCUGGAGCAGCGUUGAUUACCUGGUAGUGUUUUUCACGAUAUUCAUCUAGGAUAGUAUAUGGCAAGCAUU